GUCGACCACGCACGGCAGCUGUUCGGUGUGCGCUAUCAUAGAAAUUCGUGAGAGAAAAGGAGUGGUGAUUAGGCUGUGUUUGCCUAAAAAUACGGCUUUUUUGUAUAGUUCUAGGACUCGUAGGGACUUGUGCUCGUGAUAUGUUAAAGAUAUAGUUAUUACGCGUGUGAUAUACUGUUGGUAAAGUCGAGAAACGUUGUUAAAUGGUGUAAUUACCAUAGUAAACGUAGGUUAUGACGUUUACUACGUAGCGAAGUGUGUUUGUGUGAGUGAAUUCGACAGGUCGUGACAGCAUUGCCGUUGAAGCGAAUCUUAACGGGAUAACUAUGCGAGUAUGCGAGCGGUUUGCAUCAACCGCUGCCUGUCGCAUAUCGUUCUAAAUACGGCGCAAAGGCACAUUAAGCUGUGAAAAUCAAGAUGGCCGCGAUUGCGCGCCAAAUCCUGCGUAAGCGUCAGAUGGCGCUUCCGCGUCCGUUCCGUUCGAAAUAGUCAUUAGUGUUUUGACAGUGGUGGUGUAGUGUUGUGAUGCUCGUGAUGUGAUAUAGUGUUGUGUGUAGAAUGUCCGAGGAACGGUCGCGGCGGCUGUCGCAGCUGUUUGACCCGCUGGCGCGGUUCACGGACCACAGCGGCGCAGGGCAUUCGGCUAGCAUGCCGAACAGCCCGAGGUUGAUGCCGCGGAGGUCGAGGGAUCCGCCGCCGCCGCCGCCUAGACCCGCGGGUCAGUCCCGUGUGGACCCGCUGGAUUUCGAGCUGGACACCGAGCUGGGGUCCGUGAACUGGCAGGAGCGAUGUCUGGAACUGCAGCUGGAGCUCCAUCGCAGCAGGCACCAGGCGACCAGGGUGCACCACAUGCUGAGCGAAAAGGUACCUACCGACAUGGAUAUAUGGAGUAUAUCAGUUUUGCUCUCGGAGCUCGAGCAGAGGGUGCUCGAGGCCGAGGGGCGGGCCGAGGAAGCAGAGGACAAGGUCCGCGCCAUGGAGCAGCGGCUUUGCGAGUGGCCGGCGGGCGCUGACGGAGCGCCCAAAGCCAUCACUCGACUCGAAGGACAGAUCGAGGAACAGAAGCAGCUGCGGCUCCAAGACGCGAAGCAGGUGGAGGCGAAGGCGGCGCGCAUCAAGGAGUGGGUCACCAACAAGCUGAAAGAGCUGGAACAGCAGAACCAGCUGCUCCGGGAGCAGAACCACCGCUGCAAUCAACAGCUGGAGCUGCUUAGGAACCAUAUUGCUACGCAGGGUAGCCGAGCGUUCCUCCCCACCCGAGCGAGUCUGUCCCUCGAGGUCAGAACUGAGGAAGGCUCGCCGCGAGCCACAUCCAGCCUAAUAGCUGCCAAUAGGCGGAGAUCAGAGAGCCUCGAGGGGCCACAGCUACCUCUAACCUCAUCGGAGCCUCACUACAGCACCCCCGUGCGGCACCGGCGCAACCAAUCCAUCGGCACCCCUCACGCCAGCGCCACCCCACCGCCUGUUGUCAACACCAUGAACCGUACACUGGACGAACGGACGGCGGCCAGCCUACUUGCCGAUGAUCUGGCAGCGGCUGUAGAGAAUCUCGUCGUGUUACCAACAACGCCAAACACAUCAACGGAUGGUGAUACUACUCAUGAUUAUGCGGAAAUCUAUACACCAAGUAGAGAACGUACGCCAGCGUGGCAGGGGCCGUCGGUAGUCGUUCAGGGCAGCCGCGGCGGCAGCUCUACGGGCGAGUCGUGUGCGUCAGACCAGCCGCGCCCGCCCACGCCGCCGCUUCACCGCUUCCCCAGCUGGGAGGCUAAGAUUUACCAGGUGGCUGACGAUGGCUUACAACAAUCAGUUGAAGAAGAAUUAAGUCCUCCGCCGUGUCCACGACCAGUCCACGAAUCUACUAGUUACCAGAACAUAUCCGUCCCUGUCUACGCCACUGUCAAAGGGCGAGCUUCACAGAUCCGAUCGAUGCCAUUUACGGGUGACUCGUCAGAUGAUUCGUCUGACGGUGAAGAUUCCAUGGGAGUCACAGUUCACAACACACCACAUCACAUUUUCGCUCAAACUUCAAGUCAACCAAUCAACAACGUGAACCUCACCAACGUCCUCCCAGCCUCGAUACAACAGACGUCCAACCACGGCCUAGUGUUAACCAACAGUGCGAACGGCCAGUGCAGUUCAUCGGACACCAGUCUCAGUGCAAGCAGUCCGUCGAAGAGCGUGAAGACUAGCUCUAGUCUGAGCCCAGCUAAACGGUCGAGUAGCGGGUCGCCGAGUAAACAGAGUAAAACUAGAGAUACGUCGUUCGAGUCGGGCAUGUCGGACGACUACGCGAUCCCGCCGGACGCGGUGUCGUGCGACACGUCGGCGUCGCUGGCCUCGCUGUGCCGCUCGGCGCCGCCGCCGGCCCAGAGACACGAGGCAUUAGAAAAAAGUGGCCAUCUUGCGAAACUGGGCGGGAAGCUCAAGACGUGGCGGAAACGAUGGUUUGUGCUGAAAAACGGCACGCUGUCCUACUGGAAGUCCCAAUCAGAAACGGCUCGCAAGCCGCAAGGCCAGAUCGGUCUCGGCGAGGCCUGCAAAAUCUCGCGCAACGAGGGCGCCGCCACCUUCGAGAUCUACACCGGCAGUCGCACCUACUACCUCACGGCUGACAGCAUCGCUACUAUGGAGGAUUGGAUCAGAGUUUUACAGAACGUUCAAAGGCGAAACGCGACGAAACUCCUACUGAGUAAAGAAGACAACAAACCAACCAUUCAGGGCUGGCUGACGAAAGUCAAGAACGGCCACGCUAAGAAGAGUUGGUGCGUUCUCAUCGGCAAGAUGUUCUUGUACUUCAAGUCGCCUGGGGACCAGAACCCAACGGGCCAGAUAAACAUGCGCGACGCCCGAGUGGAGGACGUGGAGCAUGUAUCCGACUCGGACUCUGAGGAGAAGAACGAUGAUACGCGGAACCACCUGACGGUUGCGAUAUACCCGCAGCACCAGGUAACUGGGGGUCCAACGUACCUCCUGUUCGAGACGAAAGCGGACAAGGACUCGUGGCUGUACCAGCUCACCGUGGUGUCUGGCGCCGGCCUGGGCCAGGGCACGCACUUCGAGCAAUUAGUGCAGAAACUUAUGGAAACCGACGGGGAUCCGAAUUGCGUGCUAUGGAGGCAUCCGACGUUACUGUACAGUAAAGAACAUAUUUCGUCGCCACUCACCUCACUAACGUCCGAAGCGUUGCAGGCUGAAGCGUUAAAACUCUUUAAGUGCGUCCAACUGUUCAUGUCCGUGUGCGUGGAGCACUGCGGCAUCGACUACCACGUGGUGCUGGCGCAGAACGCCCUGCAGCAGUGCCUGGAGGUGGCCGAGCUGCAGGACGAGCUGGUGUCGGCGCUGGCCAAGCAGACGGCGCCGCACACGCACAGCAAGCACGGCGUGCAGGUAACGCCGGCGCCGGCGCCGUCGCCCGCUAGCGCGAGGCGCCACCAGAAGCUUAACGUUAAAGCGCAGAAGCUUAAGAAUCAACUACUACUAUGCGCGACGCAAUCGCUGUUCACGUGCGACACCGGCGCCGCGUCCGUCGGCGGCGACAACAAGAGCGACACCGCGCCCAGCGGCGGCUCGCCGAGCUCCAUACAGGCGCCUCUACUCUCCGUGGAUUGCAAGAGCAACCCACCAACGUACAGCUUCGUACAAGGGUGGCAGUUACUAGCGCUGGCUGUAAGCCUGUUCGUGCCGCGGAACAACAGGCUAUUGUGGUACCUGAAACUACAUCUUAGCAGGCAUUCUGACUCCAAAACGGAAUGCGGAAAAUACGCAGCCUACUGCUCCCGCGCUCUCGAGCGUACCAUCCGCAACGGCGGCCGCGAGGACAAACCCUCGCGCAUGGAGGUGCUCUCCAUCCUGCUCAAGAACCCCUACCACCACUGCCUGCCGCACGCCAUCCCCGUGCACAUGCUCAACAACACCUACCAGGUGAUAAGUUUCGACGGGUCGACGACGGUGGAAGAGUUCCUGGCGACGCUAAGCACGGAGCUGGGCUGUCGCGAGGCCACCGCCUCGGGCUUCGCGCUAUUUAGCGACGACCCGAUAGAGAAGGAUCUAGAACAUCACAUCAAACCCGAUAAGAAGUUAUGCGACGUAAUAUCAAAAUGGGAAACGGCACUCCGAGAGAAAGGGUCAGGAAAGUUCGAGAACUCCCGGGUGAUCCGACUGACGUACAGAAACAGGCUGUAUUUCAAGAGCUCCGUGCGGACCGAGACGGACAAGGAGCGGCUGUUACUCUGCUAUCAAGUUAACCAACAAGUGGUAGCAGGCCGAUUCCCGGUAACUCGAGAGCUGGCGGCGGAGCUGGGCGCGCUAAUGGCGCAGCUCGACAUGGGAGACUACAGCGCGUCCAGCAGCACACACAACCAGCCGCUGGCGCACCGCUUCUACCCUUACCGAUACCGGGCCACGCUUAGUAAUGACGAGCUAAGAGAAGUGGAGGAGAAGCUGCGUAGCAAAUGGACGGCGCUGAAAGGCCGCAGUACGUCGGACUGCGUGCGGAUCUACCUCAACUGCACACGGAAGUGGCCUUUCUUUGGGGCCACGCUCUUCCAGGCGAGGAUAAAGCAGCCAGACCUGUCAAUGGCGUGGCUAGCCGUGUCAGAAGACGGGGUGACAGUGUUAGAGCUGGCGUCCAUGUCCGUCAUCGGCCGCUACGCAUUGAGCUCCAUCGGGCUGUUCGGCGGCCUACAGGAUGACUUAAUGAUGCUCAUCGAUGCGGACGCAGACGACGCGACCAGUCCCGUGCACAAGAUGUUGAUCAGUCUCAACAAACCCAAGAUGGUAGAGCUGACGCACCUGAUAGCGGACUACAAGAACGCGCUGUCGCGGCCGCCCGCCACGCAGCCCGGCACGCCGCUCAUGAACUCCCUCACGCGCGCGCACGAGCGCCUGCGCCGCGCCCUCCCCCCCGCCGCCACCCUCCCGCACCCGCACCCCCACCACCACGCGCACAACACCAUCAACUCCCACGCCACCACCAUGACGCUCGGCUCCGACCGCAACGCCACGCUCACCCUCAGCUCGCACACCUCCACUUCUAACCGGCCCGACGCGCGCGCCUCGCACGGCCAGCCCGACAUCCUGAAGUCCACCCCGGACCACCACCGUGACAAGAAGCGCGCUCACGCCCAGGACAGCGGCGUCGCGUGAUCUCGAGUCUAAUAGGCCGCUUCGAACGUGCAUCUGACCGCGAAACGAUGUCUAAAUGAUGUCAGUUAGUCAUCAUUCGCUCGGUCUUGUCCGUACGUGCAUACACGAGCGAAUGAGGACAAAAUUACAUCAUUUAUAUAACAUUUUGAUGUCUGGUGCGUUUGAAUUGACCUCUGCCCCGGUGCAUUUUGGACGUUUUUACGACUCGGAAGUGAAGUGUUCCAAGGAUAGUAAAUAUACCUCAUAUUUUGUAGCGAACUCGGCCCGAUUUACAUUAUUAGCUUUACGCGUAAGUUAAUUUUAAUUUUUUGCGGUCGCUAUUUAGCUGUGCUUUUUGAGGAGUGUUUUGCAUAGAGUUACUUUAAGUUUUAAGGUUAAUUUUAUAAUAUAACUGAUACAACUUUGUAUUUUAAAUACUGUGCCGAAUAAUAAAAUGACCAAAGCGGCACGACUUACAUUCCCAUUUCUUUAAAAUAAUAUACUCUAAAAUACCAUCUUUUUCUCAUUCAUCCGUGUAUGCCUAAACUAAAUCAUAUUUCAUAUCUACGUACCUAGUGGUGUUACUUUACCACGCAAUUUCUACCAGAAUCUAUCUUUCUUUUAUUUUAAGGUAACUCUAUACAAAAUACAUAGUUUCUUUUAAAUCAAUAUUCCAAGUCCAUUGGUCGGUUGCUGGCAGACCUAGCGUAGUACUGUGCAGGGUAUACCAAAGCUGUAGGAAACGAUUUAGUGAUAGUGUACUUAGCCAAAUGUUUCCUUGCGGUUUCUAGGCGUUAUUGCAAGAAAUCACACAUUUCAAUGUAUUGUAAAUCGUUGUAUAUGUAUUUUUUUUAGUUGUGCUGAUUUUCUGAGAUAAAUAAUUAUAGAUUGGGUCAUCUUACAUCGCCUUAAAAUACGCACGAUAAAGUGCUAAAAUUUCUAUAUACAUAAAAUAAUGAGAUCUAAUUAUAAUUAUUUAUAUUAAAUAGUUAAUUAGUUUCAUUAAUCAAGCCAUCACAAACUGUACUUUAGCAAUCGGUGUUUAGAUUUUAAUUGCAAGUUACGAGUAAGGAGCUAAUGUUUCGACUGAUAUUGUUUCUAAAGUAAGAUCUUCAACGAAUCUAUGACCUCGUAAGGUUAAGUGGGACUGAUUGUUAGUUAAUCUCUUAUACAUGAUGUGUUUAACAUAUAAAAAUACAAAUAGACACCUUAAAAACACAAGCGCCUCUGGCUAAAUUAAUCUGAGUGUCGAAGUUUGUUUUUUGUGAUACAUUGAUUAGAAUACUCUCAGAAUCUCAAGCGAAUCUUUUAUAUUUUACAGCAGUUUUUAAUUUUGU